AUGCAUUUAUUUUUUUUUCUUUCUUUUCCUCUUCCCUUCUCAUAUUUACUUUCUCUCAUCGCCUUCCUUUCUUUUUCUAUUUUCUUUACAUUUAUUUAUUUUUAUUUACUUUGUUUCUCUAUUUUCCCAUCUUCUAUCUACGGACAUUUACUUUCUUUUUCUAACUUCCCUUUUUUUUACCAUGUAUUUCUUUUUUUCUCUUUUCAUCUUCUCUUCUCUCUGCAUAUAUUUUUCUCACUGUUCUUUUUUUUCUCCAUUUUUUUCUCUUUCCUCUCUACAUACAUUUUUCUCUUCCCUUUUCCUUCUUCUCUUCAUGUAUAUUUUUCUCUCUUCCUUUCUUUUUCUCCGUAUUUUUCAUAUUCCCUUCUCUCUCCGUGCAUUUCGUUUUCUUUUUUUCUUUCCAUUUUCUUUUCUCUUUACACAUACUACUCUUUCUCUUUCCGUCUCUUUUAUCAAGAUAUACUUCUUUUUUACUUUCUUGUUCCAUCUUCCCUUUCUAUGAAUAUUUUUCUCACUCUUUUUCAAUCUUCUCUUCUCUCAACAUACAUUUCUCUCACUCUUUCCAUCUUCUUGUCUCUCUACAUACUUUUGUCACUCUCUUUAUAUUUUCUGUUUCCGUCGUCUCUUCUUUCUCCAUACAUUUUUAUCUCUUUCUUUCCAUACAUUUGUCUAUCUUCCCAUUGUCACUACAUAUAUUUCUCACGCUCUCUCUUUCCAUCAUCUCUACAUAUAUUUCCCCCACCCCUCUCUCUCUCCCUCUCUCUUUCCAUCUUUUUUUUCUCUCUGCAUACUUUUUCUCUCUCCACACAUUUCUAUCCCUGUCCCUCUUUUUUUCCUAUCUUUUCUUCUCUGCAUACUUUUUUCUCUCUCUUUUCAUCUUCUCUUUUCUCUACAUACAUUUUUCUCUCACUUUCUAUAUUUCUUUAUCUCUGGCCUUUCCCAUCUUCCCUUCUCUCUACAUAUAUCUCAUUACACCAUUAUUCUGAUCUCCAUUUUUCUUCUUUACUUCUUUCCAUUCACUUCAUUCUCCAUUCUGUCUUAUUCACUCUUUCAAUUUUUCCUUUUGCAUUUUCCUAUAUUCCUUUAUACUCUGAAAUCCAUUCUAUCUUUUUAUUGCUUUAUUUUCAAUUCAUAUAUCUGUUUUACUUUGUUCUUCCAACACUAAUCUUUCUUUUUCUUUUUGUUUCUUUAUCUCAAACUGUUCAGUUUUCUUAUCUUCUUUCUUUCAAUGCUUUCCUCUUUUUUUUUUUGCUAUUCUUUAUUUAUCAUUUCCUUAGAUUUUCUUUCUUUCUUUCUUUCAAUCACGUUCCAACCAUUCUCGUUCCAUUUUUAUUUUUCACAUUUCCCUUUUUUAAACUCCAUCCCCAUUUAACUUAA